AGCGAGAGAUUCCUGCAGCGUCACGUGAUCGACAGACUCAGGAAAGGAAGACUGAAAAGGAGAAAAACUGUCUGCUGGGGACCAAUAACACGCUCAAAAGAUCAGAAAUGGGAUGGAGCUGUUCGGCAAGUGCUGGUGUUUCGAUUGACAGCUGGAAGCAGGCCACAAGUGAAGGGUCUACAGAAAAGCGUUGAAAGAAAGAGUCAGGUGUCCUCACCAUCAUGAAGUUGAAUGAGAGGAGCGUGGCACAUUAUGCCACAUGCAACUCUCCUCCAGACAAGACGGGCUUCCUCUUUAAGAAAGGGGAACGGAACACAGCGUACCACCGCCGCUGGUUUAUUCUGAAGGGCAACAUGCUGUUCUACUUCGAGGAGAGGGAAAGCCGAGAGCCGAUUGGCGUCAUCGUCCUGGAAGGCUGUACGGUGGAGCUCUGCGAGUCUGAAUCCGAAGAGUUUGCCUUCGCCAUUAAAUUCGACUGCGUCAAAGCGAAGGUCUACAAGAUGGCCGCGGAGAACCAGGCCGCUAUGGAAUCAUGGGUCAAAGCUCUGUCCCGGGCGAGCUUCGACUACAUGCGUCUGGUCGUGAAGGAGCUGGAGAGGCAGCUGGAGGAGGUGCAAGAAGAAACCAGAUCGUCACUCGCGAAAAGCAAGCUGAAGAAGCACCAGCCGCAACUGCAAGGAGCAGCAAGUUUCCAACCCGCAACCUUUUCACUACAGAACGCCACCAUUACAGCGCCUUUGCAGGAAGGGGUGUCUAGCAGGGAAAACGGGGUGUCUUGGAGUAAACUCCCCAGUGUGCCAAACGGUGUCAGCGACCCACAAGUGAACUGUAGUGAGAGAGGAGAUCGAGUCAGACCACCUCCGGUUCCUCCACGAAGGAAGACCAUUGGCGGAUCACUCGAGAGCCCCGUUUCACCCGGCACAGGCUGCUUCUCCAAACUACAUGACUGGUACGGCAAAGAGGUGGCUGAACUGAGAAUAGAAUGGCUGCAGAGCCAGUGAAUGAACGUGAGGGCUCGAAAUAUACAUCUGCACACACAUCACAUGCUUAGUGCAAUCUCAUUUGAAGACAUAAAGGGUCAAAAACAGAGAGAGCAUUAGAACGACAACUGCUUGUACACUGUUACUGAUUGAUUUUUUUUCCUUAAACAGGACCAAGCCAUUUUUUAAAGGAACAUUCUGUCGUCAUUUGCUCACCCUCAUGUCAUUCCAAAACUCUCUGAGAAAUACAGAAAGGAAAUAAAAUGGGAAGCAACUUUUUUAAUUAUAUGGUACGAUAUGACAAAAUAAAUAGCAGUUUUUUUUCUUACAUUUGUUUUCUUAAGCAUUUUAAAGGAAUAGUUCAACCAAAAAUGAAAAGUUCCUGAAAAUGUACAUGGAUUUGAUUCUUUAUAAAUACCGAUUUGGAGAAAUGUAGCAUUGCAUCACUUGCUCACCGAUGGAUGCUCGGCAGUGAAUGGGUGCCGUCAGAAUAAGAGUCAAACUGCUGAUAAAAACAUCACAAUAAUCCACAAGUAAUCCACACGACUCCAGUCCAUCAGUUAACAUCUUGUGUGCACUUGUGUGAAACAAAAUAUGAGGAUGUCAUAUUGUUGUCCUCGCAUCAAAAUACACCAACAAAUCCAUUUUGGACUGUUUUUGCUUGAUCUGUGCAUAUUUCUCUCUUGAUUCAGAAAAGACGACUUUUACUUUUGGAUUAUUGUGGUGUUUUUAUCAGCUGUUUGGACUCAUUCUGAUGGCACCCAUUCACUGCAGAGGAUCCACUGGUGAACAAGAGAGGUAAAUGUGUUUCCAUUUACCAAAAUCUACAUCUUGGAUAGCCUGAGGGUAAGUCAUUUAUAGACAAAUUGUCAUUUUUGCAAAAACUAUUCCUUUAAUACGAUGAAAGACCUUCCUUGCACUUCCUUGAAUCUUGUUGGUUGACCUAAAUCAAUCACUGAAUCAGUUUUUGCAAUCGAUUUAUUAGAACACACAGUGUGAAGUAAUGCAAUGAAAUGAAAAAAAAAAAAAUGUAUUCAAUAUUUGCUACUAAAUUUAGACAUGCUAUUAAAAUCAUUUGAACAUUUCCAUACUUAUAGGUUAUGUGGCAAGGAAAGAUAAAAAAAAAAAUAUUUUAGAAACUUGAUAGCAAAUUAAAAAUUGCAUUAAAUCUUCAAUAAUCUCAAUAUUAUAGUGUUGCACUGUUGAAUUAAAUAUGAUAUAUUUUGCCAAGUAUACAGUGCUAUUUUUCCUUUCAUAGCAAAAAUAAAAAGACACUGGGUCAGUCAAGGUUUAAAAACUGACAAAAAAAAAGCACAAUGAAAGUGUCUUGAUACACCUUGAUGAAAGAUUCAUUUUAGAGAUUAUAAUUACAUUUGUCACCCAAAGAUUUAUGACUUCAGAAUACUUGUUUGUUGAAUAGGUGGUAUGGACUACAUUGAUGGUGCUUUUGAGUAAUAUUUUAGAGCUUGAUUUUCUCCGUUCCCAUUGUAUAAAAAACUAAACAAAAGAGAGAGAGAGAGAGAGAAAACAUUCUGGAUGUUUUGCCAAACUAGUACUGUUCUGUUCAUGGAAGCAAGAAAGUGAUACCGGUUUGGAAUGACAUGAGAAUAAGUAAAUGAUGAUGCUGUUUUCUUUAUUUUGGAUGAACUAUUCUUGCACUUAAAUUCAUAUUGGGAUUUUCCAAGAACCUCAUGUAGAAGCAACUUGCCACUUCCUUAUCAUUUGUAUUUUAUUUUGUAUUGCGGUACAAGGUCCAUGUUAAACACCUUGAAUGUUAAGCAUUACGGUGCCAGAGCUGGUCUAUGGCGAUUUGUAAUCAUUUUACAGUAUAAUGUAAAAAUAUAUAUAUAUAUUGCACAGAAGCACAAAAAGUUAGAUGUAUGCCAAGAUUAAUAGAGUUAACCUGAUUUCACUCCAGACUUCUUGGCGGUGAAUUUUAUGCUGUAUUUUAGGAGCUGUACAAUCAGUCCAGCCAAAAACAUAAUUGCCAAAAUGACUUUAAUAUUAAAGUAUAAAGUAUGAAAUAGUAUCUCAGACAAUGGACCUAACUAGCCAGCUAACAUGUAAUCUUCUGUUGAUGGAUCUUUUUUCUAAGCAGCUUUAAUACACCAUGCUAUUCAUUUUUAGGCUAAGAUUUGCUAUGCUUAAACAUAUAUUUGCAUUCUUGCCAAUAAGCAUGCCAGCGCUUUGCCUUGCCUUUUAAAACUGACCAAUUAUUAUUCAUCAUUCUGUCUGUGACCAACAUUUAAUACAUUAUAUACAUACAACUUAUUUAUGGCUAUUUGUAAAUGCAUUUUAAUGGUACGAACAGUGUGCAAUCUUAUAAUCAUGUUUGGGGAGAUUAAACUGACAGACACUAUAUGGGAUCCUUGCGUGGCCAACCACAGUGCCUUCAGAUUUCAUCUAAAACACUGUGUUAGACUCCACAAUAAAAAAAAAAAAUAAAAAAAAAAGGAAAACACCAGCAGCUAAGAGGUUAAUGUGGAUGAACUGUUUGUGUAUUAACCAGGUACUGGUAGUAAAAUGACAAAACUAGGUACCUUUAUGCUGAAUAAAGUUGUAUUGAAAUAACUAGAUCAUUAUAUUGGGUAUACUAUUCAAUUUGAAGAAAACAUGAAAUUAAGUUGAAUGUUUUCAAAUGAUUUAAAUAAAGAUGAGCAUCCUCAUA